AAGAAAGUCGGGGAAAGUUACUGCCCGUCGAGGUCUCCCCGCCGUGCCGCUGCCUGCCGGGCGUGUGACACGCAGCACCGCUGCAGCGGGAGGCGGGCAGGGCUGGGACCUCCCUCCCUCCCGCGCAGGAGGAGACUCAGCCCGUGCUUUUUGCGGGCUGGGUUGCAUCGCACCCCACACCCCCUUGAUUUGCAACCCGCCCCCCAGCCACCGUUGGGUUCCCCAGCAGCGGGAGGAGGCUGCUCCCCGCCGGGGUAUGUGCGGGCAGCGGCGGGAUGGCCUCGGCCGUGUUUGAGGGCACCUCUCUGGUGAACAUGUACGUGAGGGGCUGCUGGGUGAACGGCAUCCGGAGACUCAUCAUCAAUCGGCGCGGGGACGAGGAGGAGUUCUUCGAGAUCCGCACCGAGUGGUCGGACAGGAACGUGCUCUACUUGCACCGGAGCUACUCGGACCUGGGCCGCCUCUUCAAGAGGCUGCUGGACUCCUUCCCGGAGGAUCGCCCCGAGCUCUCACAGUCCCCCCUGCUCCAAGGACUAAUCACAAUAAAAGAGGCCCGUGAUAUAGAAGCCAGGCUUAAUGAAGUGGAGAAGCUUCUGAAGAUUAUUAUAAAUAUGCCUUGUAAAUAUUCUAGAUCUGAAGUUGUCCUUACCUUCUUUGAAAGAUCUCCAUUAGAUCAAGUGUUAAAAAAUGACAAUGUCCAUAAAAUUCAACCAAGCUUUCAGAGUCCAGUUAAAAUAUCAGAAAUCAUGCGAUCUAAUGGAUUUUGUUUAGCAAACACUGAAACAAUAGUUAUUGACCACAGUAUACCAAACGGAAAAGACAAGCACCUGGAUGUAGAUUCAGCAGAGCACUUGUUUGAAACCGUUAGUGAGUUUACUUCAGAUCUAGAAGACACUGAUGAUCCAGCAGCCUACGUCACCAACUUGACAUAUUACCACCUGGUCCCAUUUGAGACGGAUAUUUUGGACUAAGGCUUUCCGGGGACGCAGUCAGCUAGCAUCCAACUGAUUUCUUUGCUCAUAGACUCUGCUUUCCCAUUGCUCUUCUAUGAAUAAAGCUGUGUGAUUAAAAACAGCAGAGCAGUUGCUGCAGAUAUGCCACAAAACUGAUUUUGCAGCUUAGCCCUUCAUUGUGACUCAAGGAGAUACCUUGCAAGGAAGUAACUGCUUCAAGAAACUCCUUUUUCCCUGAAAGGAAUGUAGCAAGAUCUUAGGGUACUUGGAUCCAAGGAAAUCAUUUUUGCAAAGGCCAUGGCAACCACUACACUGACAAAACCAUAAGCGAUCGUGCUGUUGUUUGGCACCAGUGGUCACUGGUAUACAGUGCAACUUGUACAAAAGACUACCCUUAUUAGCAGUCACAACAAAAUAUCCCCAGAUGUACUGAGUACACUUCCACUCCACCUUUAGUAGAAGACCACCUCUGUUAAGCAAUCAACGUUUGUCAGUCCCUUUAUGUGGUCACUUGAGACAGGUCCCAUAGUUUGCUGUGUGUUCAGCUGUGAGAUAAGAGGUGCCUUACAUAUAAUGUUACAAAUACCAUAGAGUGCCUACAGGAAACCAAUGCGCAAUCUGAUUACUUUAACUCUGUUAAUCCUUGGGUGUUGUUUAAUCAUCCGAGAGCUGACUUCUUUCCUUUCCUUUCCUGAAAUAGGAGAGCAAACUGGCAUUGCAAUGGAAAGCUUAUAAUGCUGCAGUACCUUGAAUUACUUCAGCGUUCUGGAAAGCUGAUAGGAAGGCUAAACUGCCUUGCUAAGAAUGGUCAGUGCAUGCCAGGCACUUGGAUCUGGUUUUUCUCUUGGACCAGGAAAUCUGAGCAGUGCUUGCAGUUGUUUACACAAGAUGGAUAAUUACCUUUGCGUAUUACUUUCCAGAGAAUGGGGAGAUUUAAGCUCUGUAGAGACUGAGAAUUAAAGAUAAACUACAGCUUAUUUUACGAGGACAGGAAAAAAGAAACCACCCCAGCUCAGAUAGUCUGCUUAACCCACCCCCAUAGACCUAAUGGGCCUGAUUCUGAUCUUGCCUACACUGGUUUCAUACCAAUGAAAUUCUAUUCACCUCAAUGGAGUUAUGCCAGUGUAAGAAAGGGCAGAAUCAGACCCUAAAGGCUCUUUACUACUGAGUAGUGCAAUGUUAACCUCUCUUAGAGCUCAAUCUUGUAAGUUGUUGAGCACCCUGAACUCCCAAUAUGAGCUCAACACCCUGCAUGGUCGGGCCGUGACCUUUCAUCAAGCAUUUAAUGUAGUAAUGGCCAGAAUUAAUUUAAAGAGAUAUGAACUGAGAAGAGUGCAUUUUGAGCUGGUUAUCUGUACAAUAGCUUUGCCUUGGUCCUGAAGAACUUGGCACAGCUCCUCUCCUGUAUACUCUUCAGUGCUCUGUGUAUAACAACAGUAAACAGAAUUUGCUAAUGUACAUAAUAAAUUAUUGAGAAUCCUAAUUCCUUUACACAGUAUGUUUUUAAAAUAUAUAUUUAAUUAAAUAAAAUAACUCACCUUAUGUAUGAUAUCUUCCA